AUGUCGGUUGUGUCGAAGAACAUCUUCGACCUUCUUGGGGACGACGGAGAUUCAUCUCCCGCUCCUGCCCCUAAAGCUGCCGCUGCUCCUGCUAAAAAGGAGACUCCUGCACCCGCUCGAGCCGUACCAGGAUCUCAACCCAGAUCUCAAGGUCAAGGUCAAGGUGCAAGAGGUAGAGGUUCAUACCCUUCAAGAGGUGGAAACAGAUCAGCCAACCAAGGUGAAAGAGAACAAAGAAAUACCGGUCCUGUAUCCGCAGAAGGUAACCAAGAAGGUACUGAAACCGCAGGUGGUUUCGACGGUGAAAGACUUCCCCCAUCCAGAAAAGGUAACCAAGGUUCCGUCCGAGACGCCCACACCAAGGGUCCUCGAGGAAACCGACCCGCUCGAGGCGGUGCUACCUCUUCCAGAGACGUCACCUCAGGUGGUCACUCCUCUUACGGUUCAGGACACUACAGAGGUAACAAAGUACCCGCUGGAGCUGGUGAACGAAGAGUCUUCGAGAGAAAGAACCAAAACGGUGGAAAUGACUCUCAAAAGAAGGUUGACCACGGAUGGGGUGCCAACACCGGUGAAGCUGAAUUAAAGGACGAAGUUGAAGGUGAAAAAGAUGCCGAAACCGAAGAGGCUCAACCUCAAACUCCCGCCCCUGAAGCCGAGGCCGCUGCUGAGGAACCCGCUGCUCCCGUCGAACCCGAGGAGCCAGAGGAAGUCACCAAAUCAUACGAUGAUUUCCUUGCUGAACGAGCUCAACAAGCUCUCAACAUCCCCGGUCUCGAGAAGAAAGAGGCUAGAACCGUUCAAUCUAACCUUGAAGGUACCGCUUUCGUCCGACAAGGUGUCGAGGAGUUCUUCUCCGGCAAAUCCACCAAAUCUACUGAAUCCAAAGCUAAACCCAAGAAGGAGAAGGUCUUCAUUGAAUUCGAUGGACAAUUCGCUCAACCCAACCGACCUCCCAGACGAGACAACCGAGAAGGUGGUGAACAACAACGAGGUGGUCGAGGUGGUGGUCGAGGUGCCCGAGGUGGACAACGUGGUGCUCGUGGCGGAAAUGGACCCAGAGGUGGUGCUCGAGGUGGAAGAGCCCCAGCUGGAAUCAACGCCAACGACACCAACGCUUUCCCCGCCCUUGGAGCUUAA